UUGUAUUGUCAAUGGUGUUUUCAUACGUUUGCCACCACCAAAAGUGAUACUGAUAACGCGACAGGUGUGUUGAUUAGAUUGCGCAUGGCGUGGCUACAUUGAAAUUUUGUUAAAAGGCCAAAGACUAGAAUGCGAUUGGCAUUAAAAGUGAACGGAAGUGUCUAAAGGCAAACAGUGAAAAUAAAGUGAGAAAAAGUAUUUUAGUGUAUACAAAUUUUGCUGGGAUUUUUUUUGUAUCUUAUAGAAGAAGAAAAGGUGCAACGCAGAAUAUGUUGUGCCACAAUUUGAAAUGGUUUGCCGCGAUCUUUGUCGCUAUAAUGCUAAUUGGGCGCACACUCGCACAGACAACAACUGAUUUUACUUGCAUUCAAUGCGAUAAAACGGCUGACUGCCUGACAAAUGUUGCCGUUACAGCGAUGAUUGCCUGCACUGAUACAAAAAAGUGCUAUACAAAACUUAAUGAUGACCAAUCUGUUACCCGCGGUUGUUUGGCAACGACGGAUACAUGCACCGAGCCCAGUUGCCUUAGUUGCGAAACUUCGAAUUGCAACAAGCACAAUCUCUGCAAGUCCUGCAACUCAACGACUACGGCCGAGUGUGCCCAAACCAAUGCGACUACACUGAGUAAUGCGAUCUGCAGCAGCGCCGAUACCAAAUGCGUGAUUAGUGUGAUGCAGAGCAGAACCGAACGAGGCUGUAUAACAGCGGAGUUGGAAACAACUUGCACCAAUGAGAAGACAUGUAAAAUGUGCACGGGUGCCCUCUGCAACGUGGGCAUAUUUCCAGCGGAUCGCCUCAACUGCACCCAAUGCACCGAGUCGGAUGCGAACUGUGCCAGCGCCAGCAGCAACAUUGUGGCACUGCCUUGCUUGUUAUAUGCGGCCGACGACAAGUGUUAUAUGUAUGCCAGCGAUGCGACGCAUGUGACGCGCGGCUGCAGCUCCGAUGCGUCUGAAAGUAAUAAAUGCGCAGCUGACAGCACUGAUGCGCUAUGUAAAACUUGCAGCACAAAUGAUUGUAACGGAUGGAGUUACAAUGUGGAUCAAACGCUACAGUGUGUGACAUGCUCCAGCGCUACGGAUGCCCAAUGCGCCUGGGGACAAGCGGCCAGCAAUGCUGCGAGUUGUACAAACCAAUUGGUAUAUUCGCAGGAGGGUAAAUGCUAUACGCGCACCGAUGCGACUGGUACGGUGACACGUGGCUGUUACUAUGAUCUUGACGAUGCGGCGCAGACGGCGUGCGCGCAGGGUAUCAACUGUACGAUUUGCACAAAUGCCAAUGGAUGCAAUAAUGUUGAUGCGAAGAAUUUCACUUGUAUUCGUUGUCGAAGUGACAACUUUGCUGGCUGUCGUAAGCAGGCCGAUAAAAUUGGUGGUGAAAAGUGCACUAAUCUAGUGACAUCGGAUGAGGAGGCCAAGUGCUUUACGAGCGUUUGGAAUAAUGACUUAGUUAUUCGCGGCUGCGUUGUUGAUUUGGACGACACUGAUAAGCUGAUUUGCAAUGACACUACCAACGAGAGUUGCCAAGUUUGCAAUACAACAAAUUGCAAUACGAAGGCAGUGAAUAACGGUGCGGCAUAUUUGCUGCUUUCAAAUGGACUAUUGGCUGCUGCUGCUCUGCUAACAAUGUGGCGUCUAAAAUGAAGUGGCUUGCAAUAUGUUUACCAAUACACAAACAUUACAUACAUUAAUAUUAACAAUAAGACAUAAAUAUUUUAUAUUCAAAAAAAAAGUAUAAAUACGCACUAACAUUUGCUUUAACUGCUCACUAAUUAUGUACAUAUGUAUGUAUGUAUAUUUAUUAUUUAUAUGUUCAUAAAUAAGAUGUAAUUAAUAAAAAUUGGAGUACCAACACAAAUUUAAUUCUUUUUUUUUAUUCGAAUUAAGGAAUAGUUGACAUAGUUUUUAAUAGAUAUUUAGCUUUAAUUACGACAAAAUUCUAUUUACUUCAAACUAAAAAUGUAAAACACACAAAACUAGCGAUUCCCAGCCAAAAGCUAAGCAUUGCAUUACUUCGGAUAGCAGAUGAUGGCGCCAAUAGGUUGUUGCAACCCUUCUCGUAACAAAGUAUGCACUUUUUC